CCGGCGCCGCCGUCGGCCCUAUCGGCACGCUACGGCAGUGAGGUGCCGCCGCUGCCCACUUCGCUGCAAGAGUCCCUGCGCAGUGGGUACGCGCCACUCUCUGGGACACAAGACAAGACAAGACAAGAAAGCGCAUGCCCUGCACGAGCCUCACGAGCGUCUCAUCCAGAGCUCCGGAAUUCGGAACAGGCAUGCUUUUUCUCUUGAGACUGUUCGCAUGCCUCGGGCUUCUGCACCUGCUCCACGCCUUGCCUAUGCAGAACACGACGCCAUCAUCACUGCUACGAUUCCACGGCGAUGAGCGAAGUGAUCACGACGAGAUGGCUCUGGACGAGCCUGGCAGAGGGAUAAAGGCAUUUCGAGUCGACGACGACUUGGAAGUCUCUAAGAUGGCUGCAGGAGAGGAGGAUGGCAGCAUGGGCCGGAACUACUACAACAGGAUACUGAGGAAGAAGGCAGCGGUAACUCGAGGGCCCCGUCCGCAGGUCCGGCCCGAGCGGCACGAGACAUGCGACGACGACCGGGACUGCAGGCGCUCGCCCAGCCAGAUCUGCAUAAAGCACGCGCGCGAGCUGCAUGGCCGCUGCCAGUGCCCCUUCUACCGUCCCGUCGAAGCCACCUUUAACGGCGUCGUGCGAUGCGUCACCGCCAAGGACUUGUUUGACGAGUGCCGAAGCAACGAGGAGUGUGCGGCCACCAACCCGUACCUGGAGUGCGUCAACCGGUUGUGCUCCUGCCAGCCUCCCCACGUCCUCAAAGACCACGCUGAAUGCAUCGGCGGUGCCUCGGUACAGGACUGGAUCUCCCGGCUCGUCCUUGUGGCAGUCCUUGCUGUGACGGGAGUCGGUAUGGCUGCCUGGCUGAUUUCGAAGCGCAACCAGAAGUCCAACUCGGACUCGGGCAACAGCGAUGACAACGACGCGGAAGGCGCGCCGGCUGCCGAGCCCGGAGCGUCUAGCUGCCGGCAGCAGCCGCCAGUGCAACAUCAGCAGUCGACACAUCAGGCGCCUGAGUCACGCUAUCGCGGUUACAGCGGCGAAGGUGGCGGCGCCGUGCACAAAGGCUACCAGCACAGCGACGUGCUGAGCCGCCUCAACGUCCCGCCCAUGAAGGACUGGGUCCGCGUCCCCAAGGGAUUCAGAGGGAACGCCCAAUGCACCCUCGAUAGUGCUGGUGGAGGAGGCGCCGCGGAUCAGAACCGAGUGAUGUGGGCCCAGCAGGCGCUUACCUCUCUGGCGUCACCCAUCUACCAGAACAAGCUGGUCAGGCGCCUCAUGGCGGGCAAGGGCGCCUCCAGCUCAUACCCCGACUCGUCCAGCGUCGCCGAGCCAAUGCCACCCCGCUCGGCGAUGGCCAGUCCGGUGCCGCCCUCGGCCCUAUCGGCACGCUACGGCAGCGAGGUGCCGCCGCUGCCCAUUUCGCUGCAAGCGUCCUUGCGCAGGAUUGCGGCGGCCAGUGGUCGUUCCUCACAGCGCUUGCAGCCGCAUCAGCGUAGGGCCACGCUGGCUACCUGCAGCGACGAGGCGUCCUCGUACCGCUCGUUCCCGGUAUCUGGGGCCCGCUCCGGGAAGUCGCAGCGCUACGCCGCCGCCGCCGACGACGACGACGAUGAAGAGACGCGGGCACCGCCGUCAAGGCUGCGCAGCCGCAGCAGCUCUCGUUACUCGGCGGCCGCGCGCGAGCCUAGGACGCGCAGUGAGUCCAGCGACGCACUGCCGACAUCGCCGCGCAAAGUGUUCUUUGCAAACUAUAAGAAAUAGAAAUAAAAUAUACGCGUACGUACCCUGUUUGAUUCAACUUGAGGGCAAGCAUCUUCGAAGUAUACAUGUAUCGCUGCUUUCCUUCCAGCUUCUCGGUAUUCUCGGACGUCCACACUAUUUAUAGCCUAACUGUGUUUCACUGGCGACAUGGACAUUUUCGUGGAUCCACGUUCUGCACACAAUCAGUUAGCCGACAGGCUUAUCUUGCAGCUUGCGGGUUGAUUAUUCAUGGAAACAGGUGCACGACUCGGAGAACACAGUGGUUAUCAUUAAGCUCUAUGUGUUUAAAGAAUCGCUGCAUGAAUGUUGGGGUGUUUUCGUAAGUUCCUCAUGUAUCCUUCCUAUGAAAUAGUAAUGCAUUAAACGAGUAUACACCUACCCACUCCUUCCUCGAAAUAAUCAAGUUUGCUCGAGCUCCAACAUACACCGACAGUGAAUAAGGCGCUGUUCACCUACCAGAGGCGAAACUGCUUGAUCGAGUAAUUCGUAGAGCGCGACACACUCACGGUUGACUUGGUUUACGUUUUCAAUUUAUUUUCCCACCCAGUACACGCCAACCGGCUCCUGACGCUCACAAAGAAGCUCUUGGAAGACCGCAGCUUCGUUGAGAAGUUCGUCAAUUCGGAACUGCGUUCCUCAGAGGUUUACGUGGGCAGCUCGAAGAUGGCGUGCUACUGGGGUACUUCUGGGUGCAGAGGAAGAAGAACGCGUUCCAAAUGAUCGAGCAGCUAGGAAAACGUACACUUUUCCUGAAUAUCAGCAUGUCCGAGCUCCACAGUGAGCGCCUGCUCGAAGUAAUCGAGAGAAAGAGCCGAUCGAGGCACGCAGCCGCAAGUCACUGACCUGUAACUUGCAAAAAGCUGCCUGCAAAAUGCUUCGCGUAACUUCUUUCCCACAGUACGUGGGAUCUGCACAAUCUUUCCUGAUGAGGUAGAAAGGCGCAAUGUACAGAGACGGGCGGCUUAUUUGAAGUUCUAAAGCAAGAAGAGAUGUAGCUUUGGAGAUAAAGUUGUUGUUUGUAAAAGACCAUGUAUGUUGGCAGUACUUUUCCAGGUGUGUAACGUUCCUCCUCCAGCUUCAUAUCCAGGUAUGUAAACUUAUAAAAAAUGGGUAUUUGUGUUCUUCACAUUCCGUCUUUCUUAAUAUCGGGCCACCACAGCAUGAAUGCUAGUUUUAGUAAGCAGCCCAUUUAACUAAAGGAAGCUAAAUAUCCGGAAGUGUUCAUCAUUCGAGCAUGCGGCAAGACAAUAAAACUAAUUAAGAAAACUAAUCUUCCUCAGGAUGACAUUGCUGACUCUGAUUGGUAUUUCGGUUGCGGUGCCAUGUGUGCGCCAAAUUUCGCACAGGUUGCACAGGUUCACGAAUGUUUCGGGACGUUUCGGUGUGAGAGUGUUAGUUUAUGUGGCGCAGAAUCUUAGGCAGAUUACCCAGCUGUACGGACAUCCUCAGCUGCAAUUAGGCAACAGUGCUGUGCCGCACACAGGAAGCCACGCAUUAGAUCUAGCAAAUGCGUCGUUCGCUGUAUUCCCUGUUGGGGCGGUAGCGCGUACAUCGGGGAAGCACGCUGUUUGGUCAACGUCUGCCUUGUGGAGCUCGUGCUCAGUGUGACGAAUCGAAUAGGGUAGUAUGUAUCCAUCCGUCGUUAUAACCCCCUAUUCAGCCAGACAGAAAAAGUAUCGGCACAACCCGCUAUUGGCGAAUGAUACUAUGGAGGCGUAAUUGACUGCCGUUGAAGGUCACGAGUGAGCUAGCAAAGCCGCCAUAUAGUUUUAACAGGAAAGGAAUCGGCAUAUAUCAGGGGUUGUUUAGGAAUUCACGACCAUUAAGAGGCCCGUACGUGUUUGCCCACGUUGAACAUAUAGAACUUGUAAAUGGCGAUCUCAUUAGACAUGCGCUGAUCAUAUAUUUUAAUGCGUGAGCAUUUAUAUGCCUAGCCAACGAGGAAACGCGUAUGUCCGUCCGUCAGGUAAGACUACUGCUGUCAAGAUAAGGCACACAGCAGUGAGCAAAUUGACUUUCGUGUUGCCUCUCGCUUCAGCGUGAACUAUUCGGCGAGAACACAGCGCACACCAAGCUAUCACCACUCGGCGCACCGUGUCCCCAUCGCAGAUCACUUUCAAGAUAGCUCCUGCGAGGUUGUACCCUACGUAGCCGCCACAGGAGUACGGGGUAUUACGGUUGAUGAUGGUUCUUAUCGAGAGGGGACAGUGUCAUUGACCACGUCUACGUACGAGGUCUACCAAUCGUGACACAGUUCAAUAACGCAACGUACUAAAGCACGCAUUGGCUAAUGCUGAUCUUCCAUGAAGCAGAGCCAUCAACCAAAUGAACCAUCAGAUAACAUGAGUGAACAUUGCUACUACUCCUCUUCUUCGUCAUCUUAGACUGGUCUCGGUUAAUAUUACGGUGUUGCAAUUGCCACGCUUCUCCGUUUCACGCUUCUUUCACGGUGUUUCUCACAAAAGAGCAGGUGAUUAGUAGGAAAUGCUUACGCAUCAUUUAGGUAACUCCCGCAGGAGAUUCUGCGUGUAACCUUUUUAAUGUGAGUUCUCAUGAGUGUAUAUAUGUAUAUAUCGGCUGUUUAAAGAAUAAACCUUUUGUUAGGA